AUGCACACAGGUAAGAAGUCAAUCACAUGUACUGAGUGUGGAAAAAGUUUUACACAAAUGACAAAACGUAUAGCUCAUGAAAGGACCCACACAGGGGAGAAACCAUUUAGCUGUACAGAGUGUGAAAAAUGUUUUACACAAAUAAGUAAUCUGAAAAAGCAUGAAAGGAUUCACACAGGGGAAAAGCCUUUCACAUGUACAGAGUGUGGAAAAAGGUUUACACAAAUAAGUAAUCUGAAAAAGCAUGAAAGGAUUCACACAGGAGAAAAGCCGUUCACAUGUACAGAGUGUGGAAAAUGUUUUACAGUAAAGAGUCAUCUGAAAUAUCAUGAAAUUAGUCACACAGGAGAAAAGCCUUUCACAUGUACAGAGUGUGGGAAAUGUUUUACACAUAAGAGUCAUCUGAAUAGUCAUGAAAGGAGUCACACAGGGGAAAAGCCGUUCACAUGCACAGAGUGUGGAAAAUGUUGUACACAUAUAAGUAAUCUGAGAAAACAUGAAAGGAGUCACACAGGAGAAAAGCCUUUCACAUGUACAGAGUGUGGAAUAAGUUUUACACAAAUAAAUAAUCUGAAAACUCAUGAAAGGAUUCACACAGGAGAAAAGCCUUUCACAUGUACAGAGUGUGGGAAAUGUUUUGCACAAAAGAGUAAUCUGAAAAGUCAUGAAAGGAUUCACACAGGAGAAAAG